AUUUGCUUAACAUCCAUGCUUUUCUCUAUAAGUAUAAAGUUGUAUGUGGUACGCAAAUUCAUUUCUCGCCUUAGAAAUAUUUGUGAGGUGCAGGCGAUUUCAUUUUUAUUUUCCUCGUACUUUUAAGUGUUACUUAAAAUUAGGAUCUUUUCUCGGUUUUGGUUUACAAUUACCAGCAUUAGUUACAAUGAGUAAACCAAUAUUCACACAGCGAUUUAAUCCAUUGACAGGAAAAAGUCAAUGGGAUAUUCAAGAUGAAAAUUAUGAUUACCAUCAGGAAGUUGCCAGGUCAAGCUAUGCAGAUAUGUUACAUGACAAAGAGCGAAACCAAAAAUACUUUGCUGCUCUCACUAAAGCAGUUAAUACAAUCAAAAGUCUGGGUCAGAAAGCAAAGGUGCUUGACAUUGGAACUGGAACAGGACUGCUUUCUAUGAUGGCUGUUAAAUGUGGUGCAGAUACCAUAACAGCAUGUGAGGUAGGACACAAAGAUGUUAACAAUAAACAUUUUAAUUAA